AUGGGGUUGUUGUGGCCCCUCGCUCUGGCCCUGGUCGGCCUGGCCACGGCUGGCCCCCCUAAUUUCGUGAUCAUCUUUGCCGACGACCUGGGUUAUGGGGACUUGGGCGCCUACGGCCACCCCAGCUCCUCCACCCCCAAUCUGGACCAGCUGGCUGCCGGGGGGCUGCGAUUCACGGAUUUCUACGUGCCGGUAGCUCUGUGUACACCUUCUCGAGCUGCCCUCCUGACCGGCAGACUCCCGGUUCGCCUGGGCAUGUACCCCGGAGUCCUGGAGCCCAGCUCCAAGGGGGGUCUGCCCCUGGAAGAGGUGACCCUGGCUGAGGUCCUGGAAGCUCGAGGUUAUCUCACAGGCAUGGCUGGGAAGUGGCACCUCGGGGUGGGGCCCGGAGGGGCCUUUCUGCCCCCCCACCAGGGCUUCCACCGCUUCCUGGGCAUUCCAUACUCCCACGAUCAGGGCCCUUGCCAGAACCUGACUUGCUUCCCACCGGACACCCUAUGUGAGGGCAGCUGUGACCAAGGUGUGGUCCCUGUCCCGCUGCUGGCCAACCUCUCUGUGGAGGCACAGCCCCCCUGGCUGCCUGGACUGGAGGCCCGCUACGUGGCCUUUGCCCGGGACCUCAUGGCUGAUGCAAAACGUCAGAGUCGGCCCUUCUUCCUGUACUACGCCUCUCAUCAUACCCACUACCCCCAGUUCAGUGGAAAGAGCUUUAUGGGACACUCAGGCCGUGGACCAUUUGGGGACUCCUUGUUGGAGCUAGAUGCGGCUGUGGGGGCUUUGAUGGCCACCAUUGGGGACCUGGGGCUGCUCAGAGAGACGCUGGUCAUCUUCACCGCAGAUAAUGGACCUGAAACGAUGCGGAUGUCCCAUGGCGGCUGCUCCGGACUCCUGCGGUGUGGGAAGGGGACCACCUAUGAAGGGGGCGUCCGAGAGCCAGCCUUGGCCUACUGGCCAGGCCACAUCACCCCCGGGGUGACCCACGAGCUAGCCAGCUCCCUGGACCUUCUGCCCACUCUGGCCGCGCUGGCUGAGGCCCCGCUGCCCAAUGUCACCUUGGAUGGCUUCGACCUCAGCCCUGUACUGCUGGGCACAGGCAAGAGCCCCCGGCAGUCUGUCUUCUUCUACCCAAGCUACCCAGAUGAGGUCCAUGGGGUCUUCGCUGUACGGAGUGGGAAAUACAAGGCUCAUUUCUUCACCCAGGGCUCUGCCCACAGCGAUACAACUCCAGAUCCAGCCUGCCAUGCCUCAAGCCCACUUACUGCCCACGAACCCCCACUGCUCUUUGACCUGUCCACUGAUCCUGGCGAGAAUUACGACCUCCUAGGAGGGACGAGCCUGGUCUCCCAGGAAGUGCUGCAGGCACUAAAGGAGAUUCAGCUGCUUAAGGCCCAAUUUGAUGCAGAGAUGACUUUCAGCCCCAGCCAGAUGGCCCUGGGGGAGGACCCUGCCCUACAGGUCUGCUGUCAGCCGGGUUGCAAGCCUUGGCCGGUCUGCUGCUACUGCCCAGACCAGGGGCCUGGUAUGGGCCCCAGUGCGGCCCCCCGAAUCCAGCCCCAGCCUGAACCACAGGCCCAGGCCCUACCUGAGCCCCAACCUCAACCCGAGCCCCAACCCCAGCCUGAGCCCCAGCUCCAACCCCAGGCCCAGCCUGAGCCCCAGGCCCACCCCCAGCCUGAGCCCCACCUGGGUGUGGGUCCUGUGUUACUGCAGGCUCUCCUGCAGCUUAUCUGUAACACAUACCUGUGUGCAUGUGCGCUCACAAAUGAGCACGUGUGCCAACUAGUGUGUGCCUGCAUGCCACAUGUACGCCUGCAGUUCCCCUGGUCCCGGAUGCUGGCCGUGAUGUCCCCAGAACCUCCUUUGACUGAGGAGGUCCCUCCGCCAAGCAGUCCCAAGGAAGCCUCCCAGGCAGCUGUGGUGACACGGGGUACAGCUGGCCCUCAGUUCAUGCCCUCUGCACUGACAGCGCCCCCAGAGUGA